GAGACGAAAAACAGAAAAUCAAGAGUGAAAGAAGAGGCAAAGCAAGAAACAAGGUUCUAAAGGAUGCUCUGCAGGAGGCUCAGGGAAAACAGAAGAAUGACGGCAAACAGGGAAUUGAGAAACCAGAAAAGCCGCCGAAAACAAACGAAUGUGUGGCAUCAUUGCCAUAGGCCGCAAGCAACGGAUUGGUGUACAAUAUAGUUAACAGCAAUGAUCCCAGAACCAGAACAUUGGACCCGUUGCAACCCCUCAACUCAAAGCUGCAUAUCCCCAACAGCAGUAGAAUUGACUCUUCUAUUCACUUCAGGGUCUUUGAUUUCAAUUGGAGUUGGUUUAGGUGCUUCAUCGCGUUCGGAGCAGACCAAAUCCAAGCAAUACAAAAUUCAGAACGUGCGAGGGUUUUAGAGAGGUUAUUUAUGUUUUACUGUGCGAUAUCCUCCCUUGCUGUUAUAAAUGCUUUCACAGUAACUGCUAAGAUGCUAGAUAAGUAUGGAUGGAAAGAGAGUUCCAACAUUUUCAAUAUUCAUUUUUGAUAAGUAUGGAUGGAAUGAUAAUGUUCUAGAGGGUGCUCAGGGGAAGCAGGUUGCUUUAAUUUUAUGCUUUUGUUUCAACAUAUUUCUUCGGUGAAAAGUGAGGAGAUUAAAUUAAGAGAUUAUUU